CGUUGAGGUGGCGGUACUCGGGACGAACAGCUGAGCGGAUUGAAUGGGAAGCGCGCUUCGGUGUUCGCUGCUUCUCAAACGUUUUGCGUUUUUCCUUUGAAUUCCCUUUUUAAUCUGGACUAAUAAAGACUGAAGAACGGUAUAACCACUGUCUUGGAUUAAUGAAGACUGCAAUGAAAAUAGGCUACUACAGUUCCUCCUUGGAAGUCGCUGGAAGUUAGUUGGAACGGCCACAUUGCGAAUGACAUUUUGGGGACGUUUUUAAAUCAUUGUUGAGAAAAGUUCAUUAGCACACUUGGGUCAGGUGCUAAAGAAGAGAAAUGCGUUUUAUUGCAAGUAUUUUCGUAUAAAAAACGCGGUCCGAUUGUGCGUCCGCGUAGCGCAUUUUUUUAGUUAAUUCAAGGGCUUGUGUGUUUCAGCCAAUAUGAGGUUGUGCUUAAGUGUCUUCGGAUGCGUGUUAGAUAGGGUGACUUCAGGUUGAGUGGGACACAUUUUGGCUAGAUAAAUGUUCACACAGUUAAAUGCGCGCUAUAGGCAUCUUCGAGCUGUUAAUUCAGUUUGACAUGUUUUAAGAGACCCGCAGGUCACAAAGUCUAACCUCCACAUUCGUUUGACGUAUAUGCAUGAUGUGGUCUUAACAGAUCGGCUUAUAUUUAAUAGUGCAUUCAUUUAAUAUGACAUACCUUAUAAACUUGCGUCUUUUAUAACUGUUAGAUACGUUCUUUCAACUGCAUUAUAUGAAAUAGUAACCAUGCCAUGUUGUGUUAUGCGACGAUAUUAAUUACUUUUUUCUUUUAUUAGCUUUUGUCAUCGGUGAUAAAUAACUUUUUGUACUUUACGUUGACAAGUCUGAGUGAAAAGUGCACGCACGAGCAUGGGAGAUACAGCUCUCCCACAGCCCACGGCGGGUGGCUUUGUACCCAUGUUAGGUGUUGGCAUGGUGGGCUCGAUGCCAGGCGCGGUCAGCGGGCCAGUACCGGCCCCAAGGGUCCCGCAGCUUCAUAAUGCAAUCGUGGAACGUUUACGCGCCAGGAUAGAACUGUGUCGGAGGCAUCACUCAACCUGCGAAAGCCGCUACCAGCGUGGCCAAGCGGAGAGCUCGGACCGUGAGCACGAGAGCACGCUUCAUCUUCUCAAUAUUGUGCAUCAGGGUCCAGGAAACAGGAAAAGCAAGGGAAACAGGACCACGGCUCAGCCACCUCCAGAAUACAACAACCGGGUCAAUGGAGAGCAAAAAUCACAAAACAGUGCAGAGGGAGAAUCGAAGCAUAAUACGCGAAUAGCACUCCAGGGGUCCUUAAGGAGAAAAAUUGAGGGACAUCCACAAGGAUACAACCCUAAACAGAAUGGCCUCAGUGGCAGAGAAUUUGGCUCGGACUUCAAGCGUCUACGCAUGGAGGGGGGCUCCCUUGGACAUGGUGGCUGUGUGUUUAGUAAUGGCCAGUCUCACGCCCUGCCAGGAGCCAUACCGACUAGCCAUGGCCUGCAGAGGAAGGACAGUAACGCAAUGACUCAAGGUGUCCGAAGUGACCUCUUCACCUUAACCCUCAAGGAGAUGAAGAAAGAGCCAGGAGAAGUCCACUCCUGUGGACAGUCUUCCUCAGACCCCAGCAUGAUGGUGUUCGACUUCAAGGAUGAGGGCAGCAGUCAGCUCGACCCCGAGCUCCAGGACCUGUUCGACGAGCUCACAAAUUCAGUGCCCUCUUUGAAUGACCUGGAAUUUGAGAAGAUGCUGAAGCAGGAUGAUACCUUUGACCUGGACCUGGGGCGUCCUAACUCGGUGGGGGCGAGCAAGCCCUGCCCUCAGUUGGAGAAGGUCAUAAAGUCAGAGUACUCCCUGAGUUUCUGUCAAAGCUCUGGGAGUCUGUCACAGCUACGGCCUGCCUCUGCAGGGCCAGCCUUCUCUGGCGCUAGCAUUUCCUUGUCCUCCUCUUCUGUUGUAAGUACACCCAAAAAUUCCAGCCAUGGUCCACAGAGCUCCUCUGGGGCCCCACGAACUCUAAGCACUUGGCAUGAACUGUCGCAUGCUGAGCAGCUGAAACAAAUGGCUGCCAACCAACACCCCGGUGCCCUUUUACACCACCACCAGCUGAACCAGCCUGGAACUACAGCCACCUGGUCACCUGCAAUGACCACACACUCCUCCCCUGGCUCAUUUGGCCAGGAGAAGAUACCAAGUCCGGCCUCCAUCCUCCCAACCAUAAGCAGCAGCCAGACCAAAGGAACGAACAGCUGCCUCUUCAAGCCCAAUGGACAAAUCGAUCCCAACCACAUGGACCUGAAUGCACUCUGCAGCAAGCCAAUGCUGCAUUUCAGCCCAAAAACCCAUUCGGUCGGGCAACAGAUCCCCAUGAUGUCAGGCCCUCAGAGCAAGGUUGCUGUACUGCAACAGCAGCAGCAGUCCACCACUGGGCAGAACCAGCCUCGCACCCCACCACGCUUUCCCAACCCACAGCUUCCUGUCCCAGUAUCAUCGUGUCUGCAACCCAAGUCUCUGCCUCAUUCGAUGCCCUCAAACCCACAUGGGCCAGGGCUCCAUUUCACAUUGGCUCAGCAAAGACAGCCCUUGCCUCCUGGGCCUAACUCCUCUACAGGCAGCAGCUUUGUGGGUGUGCCAGCACAGGGCCAGUCACAGCAACAUCCAGCUCCAGGCAGCCACCAGAAAACCACGGGAAACAACCAGACCAUGCACAGACAGCAGGGACCGCCCCAGCAAAUUAUCAAUGAUUCGGACAAAAUGAGUACGCAAGAACAGCUUUGCCGUCAUUUAACAAGACCACCCCCUGACUACAAACAACCAAGAAGAAAUGUGGAUGGCCUUCAGCAUGCAAAUCUAUAUACAGGAGGUGGGCUUCAUCAAUGCAUGAGCUCUUCCCCGCAAUUGACAAGCACUGUGUCUGGUCAGAACAGUCUUCAAGUCAAUUCCUGCCAUCUUUCAACCAGCCCUGUGUCUAAGGUGGCACCUUCCACCAGUGACAAGAGAUUUGUGAGCGGUCCAGAUACCCAGCAUGAGGGCUACGUCCAAACUGGUAUGAACCAGCUCCAGCAACACUGCAACCCAAACCGAAUUGGACUGACUCAAACUAAGCCACGACUUGCAGGUCCUAACAACCAGGGCAACACGUUUGGGUCAAACAACCAGCACAUUAGACCAACAGUGAGCCAGGAAGCAGCUAGAGUCCUGGGGCAAAGACUGGGAACCUUAGUGACUGAUGCCAGCAUGGUGGCACCUACAAACUGGGCACAAGGCCCUAAACAAACAACUGCGCUGGAUACAAGGAGGUUCUCCAGCGUGCUACCAUCCCAACAGGCUAGCCAUCACUUUUCCCAGAGGCCAAUGACCUCGCCCAACCAGGUGGCACCAGACAUUGGCAUGCUCCCUCCUGGCCAGAUCAUUAAUGGACAGACUUUGGGCGCAUUAAGAGAGUCUGCACCCAGGCUCAGCCAGUCAAGGAUGCCUUCAUUGCCUGCAGUGACCAGCAUGAACCAGGCCUCCCCCCUGCAGACAGUGCCUGCUAGCAGCUUCUCAUCCGCUGGCCACAACCCUCGUACCUACCAGAACAGCAGCAGUGGACAUCUGACAUUCGAUUUCCUCCAAGAGGGAGACAACAUGGUCCCAGGGAUCAACACUGAUUCAGACUUCAUAGACUCCCUGCUGAAGUCGGGCUCCACUAAUGAUGAUUGGAUGAAAGACAUCAACCUGGAUGAGAUUCUGGGCAGUCAGUCCUGAAGAGCGACUGAAACUUUCAGCAAGCUGAUGCAAACAAGCAAACGAACAAAAUGACAUCAUAUAUGGAUGAAAAUAUAAUAUUAAUAAUUUAGA